AUCCACACAAAAGUUUUGGUACCUUCAAAAUAAAAGUGACCCAAUAGCACAUGCUGGCACAUCUGGCGAAGCUCUCCUAAGCGCAUAUGGCCAAUAUUGGGAGGGGGAUUUAAAAACAACAACAACAAAAAAAGAAAAGUCGUGUUUCCAAGUUGCAUUAGCUCAUUUGUUUCCCUGAAGCCUAUUUCUGUCGUCCAUUGAAAGGAAACGCUGGGCCAUCCCCCCGACGCGCGCCUGUGCUGUGGAGCUCCCCCUUGCUGCGCGCAUCGUGAUCUAGUGGAUGCAGAGUCUUGCAGAGAACGCAGGGUCACCUUCUGCCACUGCAAGGGGAAAUACGGAAUAAUUUGCAGCAGAGGCUAUUGGCUAGUAGUGCUCCUCAGCAGCAGCAGCAGCAUCUCUGGUGAUCUCCUGCAGGGGACCAAGAGCUCUCUCUAAGGUUUAUGGAAACCUGACCUCCCAUUGGUGGAGAAGUGCAUGAGGAACCCAGCUCUGCUGCAGAGGACAGGUUUAGACAUUAGAGUGCUUUGCCACAUCCAGGAAAAUGUCUGGCUCCUACGAUGAAUGUGCAGGUGCUGACGACACCAUGGACAGCUUCUGGGAGGUGGGGAACUACAAACGUGCUGUCAAGAGAUUCGAUGAUGGCCAUCGGCUCUGCAAUGAUCUUAUGGGCUGCCUGCAGGAACGUGCCAAGAUAGAGAAAGCAUACGGUGACCAGCUAACUGCCUGGUCCAAGAGAUGGAGACAACUCAUUGAGAAAGGUCCACAGUAUGGCUCUGUGGAGAGAGCCUGGUUGGCCGUGAUGACCGAGGCAGAGAAAGUGAGUGAGCUGCACCAAGACGUGAAGAACAACCUGCUGAACGAAGAUGUGGAGAAAGUGAAGAACUGGCAGAAGGAGGCGUAUCAUAAGCAGAUGAUUGGAGGCUUCAAAGAGGCCAAAGAGGCAGAGGAAGGCUUUAAGAAGGCUCAGAAACCAUGGGCCAAGAAGCUUAAGGAGAUGGAGACGGCUAAGAAAGCGUACCACAUGGCCUGCAAGGAGGAGAAACUGGCUGCAACCCGAGAGGCCAACGGCAAGACUGAGGCUUCUGUCACGGUAGAUCAGCAGAAGAAGCUCCACGAGAAAGUGGACAAAUGCAAGCAGGACGUGCAGAAGGCUAAAGAAAAGUAUGAGAAGUCUCUGGAGGAGCUGAACAAGUGCACUCAACCAUACAUGGAGAGCAUGGAGCUGGUGUUUGACCAGUGCCAGCAGCACGAAGUCAAGAGGCUGACCUUCCUCAAGGAAGCCUUGCUGGACAUCAAACGCCAUCUUAACCUCACUGAGAACCAAAGCUAUGCCACAAUAUACAGAGAACUGGAGCGCACGAUCCUGGCUGCAAACACACAAGAGGACCUGAAGUGGUUCAGCAACAACCACGGCCCAGGGAUGCAUAUGAACUGGCCUGCAUUCGAGGAGUACAACCCAGACCAGGCUGCUGCUCCUCCAAAGAAGAAGAAACCAGAUGGAGCCCCACCCACUCCAAGCACCGACCAUGUGGCUCCACCUGGUGACCGUAGCAGUGUGAGCAGCUAUGAUAAGAACCAAGCCUAUUCGACUGAGUGGUCCGAUGAUGAGCAGCCCGCUGCGUACUCCGGCAAUGAGAACGGUGGCAAUGGGAAUUCAUUUGAAGAUGAUUCCAGCUCUGGGAAAGGGCUCCGUGUGCGAGCUCUCUAUGACUAUGAAGGCCAGGAACAGGAUGAGCUCACCUUCAAAGCAGGUGACGAACUGACCAAGACUGAGGAUGAAGAUGAGCAGGGCUGGUGUAGAGGUCGUUUGGACAACGGCCGAGAGGGACUGUACCCAGCCAAUUAUGUCGAGCCAAUCUAGUCACGUUACUGGACAAGGACAUGCCAUUGGAGGCAGCUUGAACUGUCCCGUCCAAUUGCACCGCACAUAGCCAGAGACUUAAGAGCAACACAUCCCUUGCCCAACAGAUGCGCCAAGCAGUCUUGCCUAAAUAAAACUUAGUAACCUAAAAGACAAUAUAUCGGUAUAAUAUAUUUUAUCCAGCAUUUGGGGUGGGUGGACUUACACAUUUAAAAACAGGAGCAGCAGUUAUUCCGGUAUAUACACACUCAACUAUAACAUCAAGACAGUGCAGGAACACAUUGCUUCUCUGUGUAGCUGUAUUUAACAUAUGAUGCAGCUUAUUUAAACUGGCAGUAUACUGCAGUCUGUUCUCUUGUGAAAAUGGGAAGACAAUAUAAUCAGUUACACCCAUUCGACAAAGAUGAGCUUCUCUAACCUGCAUUGUGUAUAUACAGUGUGAUGCCAUUUUGUGUAGCAUUUUUAAUGCUGUGUAUGGUCAGUCGUCAUUCUUACAUCGGGAAUGCUGUGUAGUGUUAAAAGUACCACAUACAGUAUCCUCUUUUUUUGUUUUUUUUUGUUUUGUUUUUUCUUUGUGAUUUGGUCCGACCUCUUUUCCAGUGUGUGCAGUGCUAUGUGUUUUUAACUGUUUCUGAACUUGCAUAGCAGCAUGCGCUAUGCAACGACUUGCAUUCCCUGAAUCCUGCAGCCUCCCGCGGGCUACAACUUGAUGCAACACUUCAGCUACAAAUGCAGAGUUCACUCCUUAGCGUCACAUGCUUCUGGACAUGCACGUGCUUCUGAUUUCACGAGAGAAAGCUUGUUGAUGAACCGAUUUUCUGUUUGUUUGUUUUUUUUCGACAUUUCCUUCUUUUUUUUCAUAUCACAAAUCCUUUGACAAUAUCAUCUUCAUGCAAACCAUGGGAAGGAUUUACAGUUUCUGCAGAAGCUUUCAUUCUCGGUUCACUAAUUCAGGUCUCAUUUAAUCCACUACUGCUAACAAGAAAUGUGAGUGAUACAUUCCCUCAGAGUGAAGUCGGAUGGAGCCAUCUUGCCACUGCAGUGUAAGAGGAGGGUUUUGAGCAAUGCCUGUGCCGGGGACUGUUCUUCCAGAGCGAAACGCCAAUGGAGGCAUGUCGAUGUGUUACAGUGCUACAGAAGAUUGAAGCCUCUCCAACAGGACAUGAAUGUACUAGUGAUUGGGCUCGAAAGAGGGCAUGUUGUCUAAACAUUGUUCUCCGCUGUCUUUUAAAGCCCCGCCUAGCAAAAAGCACUAGUUAUGUGGCCCGUUUUCCUGCUGAGCCAAAGAACGACCCGAUACCAUCAACUAUCCGUUUUCUCUCCAUGCAAUAAUUUCACAUAUUUCAUGUGAAACGGCUUCAGUGAAGAUCAACUUGUAGUUGCUUCCCAGUCCACCCACACUUCAUUUGUCUGCUCACAACACAGGGGGAAUACACGUCACCAGUCGUGUGCUGUAUGUAAGAUGACCCUUACACGGUGCGCUCAUUACAUGGCUGUUUUUAAGUCUUUAACUUGCUCCAUGGAUGUUAAAUAUCCAGGAGGAAUCGCAUUCAUCAGAUGUUAUCUUGCUACGAGUUGCACCUGAAUCUCUGACAAGAUGGGAGAAAUGCUUUUUAUAACUUAGUUGUCCUACAGUUUUUAAAUGUCACCGGGCCAACAGCAGUCAGAUGUGUUUAGCUCUGUGUCUGGAACUGGAUUCGACAGGUUUGGGUCUCACACAUGAGGAGAAACACAUCACCAGCUCACAAGUUGUGUCUUAGAGUAAAGCUGUCCAGCAUAGCAAAAAGGACUCCUGUCAUCCAACUGUCCUACAUCCUCGAUGCACGUACGCACACACACACGUAAAGACACACACACACACACACACACAAGCAUUAAACACGUUAUCUACACGAUACACGCAAUUCCAAACACAAAGAUCCACAUUACCAGGUUAAAAUUUUGGGGCAAAACGUCUUCAUCAUCCAGUGUGUAUGAGUUGUGUAAAUGUUAACAGAAAAAAAAUGUAAAAAAAAAAUGCAAGUGAUUGACUAUUAAGACAAAAUGUAGUGUUAUACAUGUAAAUGUGUUUCAUUAAAUAACAGCAAUGGAAAACAUAUUAAGUAAUAGGUACCAUAUCGUAUGAAUUUUAUUGCAAUGGAAUUGUCAGUGUAUCAUAAAAGCGUGACGUUAUCCCACGCUGUCAGAUUUGUAUAUGAUGAUGUAAUUUAAAGAUUAUAUUCUAUUGUAACUGUACAACUGUGUUGAGUUGAAAAUGAGACCUAACCAUGUUGAGGCAGUAAAAAGGUGUACAUGUAAAUGCUUUUUUAUGUUGAUCUCUUCCUUAUGCACAAAGGGGACAGCAGCUCAUGUUGUGGAAACCCUAUAUUAGCGGUCUAGAAGAUGUAUGUUCAUAGUUAGUGAUGUACUUUUAUCUCCUAACUGGUGUAGUGCCUGUUCAUCUUGAUGUAACAAGAAGUUCAUUUAAAUAUGCAUAAAGAUGAUUAUGAUCACAGAUAAUAAUGACGAUAGUGAUGAAAAACCCAAAUCAAAUUUGUUGUGAUGGUGUCAAUAUUGCGAUAUUGGUUUGAAAGGAAAACAAGUUUGUUGAAAAAAAAAAAAACAAAGAUAGUGUCUGUGUGUUUUUGUGUACGGACUGCAUAUGCGAAUUUGAGACUGUUCCAUGAAAAAGAGGCAAUUCUUGGGAAUUUGUUUGCUUUAUUGUAGAACCGGGACAAAUACCCAAAGAUAGGCCCAUAAAAAUGACUAUUUAACAGGUGGGUUUGAUAAAAUAUUCACUUAUUUUGGCAUUGCUUUGCAACUUCUAUAUGUUUGACACUUGGAUUAGAGAAAAGAAAAUGUCAUUAUUUUAAAAAAUAGGAAUUAAACGGAUAGUUUGACA